CUCCGCCACUCGCGCCGCCCGACCGGUGGGAGCCAGCCGCCCGGAGCGUGCCCGCCCGCCGCCGCCGAGCGACCGUUUGACCCGCAGCCAUGGUUGAAGCGGACCGCCCAGGAAAGCUGUUCAUUGGGGGCCUCAACCUCGAAACCGACGAGAAGGCCCUCGAGGCUGAGUUUGGCAAGUACGGCCGCAUCGUCGAGGUGCUCCUGAUGAAAGACCGAGAGACCAGCAAGUCGAGGGGCUUCGCCUUCGUGACCUUCGAGAGCCCCGCAGACGCCAAGGCCGCCGCCAGAGACAUGAACGGCAAGUCCCUGGAUGGUAAGGCCAUCAAGGUGGCCCAGGCCACCAAGCCGGCGUUCGAGAGCGGCCGGCGCGGCCCGCCGCCCCCUCGCAGCCGCGGUCGCCCGAGGUUCCUGCGCGGGACCCACGGGGGCGGCGGCGGCGGCGGCCCGCGCGGACCCCCCUCCCGGGGCGGGCCCGAUGACGACGGCGACUACCCGGGGGAGUUCGACCCGCGGCCCUCCAGGGCCCCGAUGCCCAUGAAGCGCGGGCCGCCGCCGCCGCCGCGCAGGGCCGGCCCGCCGCCCAAGAGGGCCGCGCCCUCGGGCCUGGCUCGCAGCGGCAGCGGCGGCGGCGUGCGCGGGAGGGCCCCGGCCGCGCGGGGGCGGGACGGCUACUCGGGCCCGCCGCGCCGGGAGCCGCCGCCGCCGCGCCGCGCGCCCUACCUGGGCCCGCGGGAGGAGGGCUACUCGUCCAGAGAGGGCUACUCCAGCCGCGACUACCGCGACCCGCGGGGCUUUGCCCCCUCGCCCCGCGAGUACGGCCACCGCAGCUACGGCCACUCCGGCGCGCGGGACGACGGCCCCGUGAGAGGCUACGGCGACCGAGACGGCUACGGGGGCCGCGACCGCGACUACGGGGACCACCUGAGCGCGGGCUCCUACCGCGAGCCCUUCGAGAGCUACGGAGACCUGCGCGGCGCCGCGCCGGGCCGGGGGACCCCGCCGUCCUACGGAGGAGGAGGCCGCUACGACGAGUACCGGGGCUGCUCGCCCGACGCCUACAGCGGCGGCCGCGACAGCUACAGCAGCACUUACAGCCGGAGCGAGCGCUACUCGCGGGGCCGAGACCGCGUGGGCAGGCCGGACCGGGGGCCCCCUCUGUCCGUGGAGAGGGGCUGCCCUCCGCCGCGUGAUUCCUACAGCCGGUCGGGCCGCAGGGUGCCCAGGGGCGGAGGCCGUCCAGGAGGCCGCUUGGAGAGAGGGGGAGGCCGGAGCCGAUACUAAGCGGGAACUGACUUGGAAGCGAAAGUCCCUUUUCGAAGAAACUAACAAAAAGAAGAAUCUGUUGUGAUAACUACCCAAGGACUAGUAACUACCCAAGGAAGAGUUGUUCUUACGCUUUAAAAAUUUUCUGUUAAAAUCUUCUCCAUUUUUAUGUUUUUCGGAGCAAAAUCUUAACAUUCAUUUAGUUUUGGAGUUGUUAACGUUUCUUUCAACAAGCUCAUGUUAAAAGUCUAUGAACCUGAGUGCUAGUCUUCUUAUAUUUACAAGUAGAACCUCGGUUAAUGGCUUCUUCCCUUGUCAUUUUUCCCGAUAAACGAGGCAAACAGUUCUAAGAUAUUUCGUAAACAUCCGCUCACCUAAGAUGGAAAAAUGGAUCAUUCUGCUCAUUUAAAGCAACUAGAUUUUGGGUGGCGAAUGGGAGGGAUUGUUGUAUGCUACUCUUAAGAUUUCAAGAUAUCUUUCAAACUGAAAUCUCUGUGUUCCCAGUAUUAAAAACCAAACAAACCGCAGUAACAACACAAAUGAUUUAAAUCAAAUGUUUAUAUUCAUUCAGUAAAUUUGAGAAGCAAAUGGAUAAUGUUGGCC